AUGGCUGCCGACGCGCCCUACAAGCUCGUGUACUGGCCCGGGUUGCCCGGCCGCGGCGAGCACAUCCGUCUGCUCCUAGAGGAAGCCGGCGUGCCGUACGAGGACACGGCCCAGAUGACGGCGACGACCGACGACGAGCUGGUCGGCACGGCGGCCGUGCUGGCUCAGAUCAGUCCGGACAACCGGGGCGACGCCGUGAACGCGCCACCGCUGGCGCCGCCCGUCCUCGAGCACGACGGCCUCGUCAUCAGCCAGACGGCCAACGUGCUGCAGUAUCUGGGACAGCGUCUGGGUCUGGCCGGCGACCUGGCGGCCGAUCCCAACGCUGUCUACCGCGUCAGCGCGCUCGCCCUCACCGCUCUCGACGGCCUGAGCGACGAGGUCCACGACUGCCACCACCCCGUCAGCACCAGCCUCUUCUACGAAGAGCAGCAGGCCGAGAGCGUGAGGGCCAGCCGCGCGUUUGUGCGCGUGCGUCUGCCCAAGUUCCUCGCCUACUUUGACAAGGUUUUGGCUGGUUCGGCUGCCGGCUCCGGUCCCUGGCUGCACGGCGGCCGCCUCACGUACGCCGACCUGGUGCUCUUUCAGUGCCUCGACGGGACCGCACACCAGUUCCCGCGCGCCAUCGCAGCCGCGCGCGCCAGCGGCCUGUACGCACGCGUGUUUGCGCUGGCCGACGCCGUGCGGGCACGGCCGCGCAUCGCCGCAUACCUGGCUAGCGGUCGGCGACAGCCGUAUGGCGAGGGCAUCUACCGGCACUACGCCGAGCUGGACGUGACGGCCGAGGAUGGGUAG